CGGAGAAGACGCCCAAGACGUGCACCGUUGAGGAGAGCGGAAGUUCGCCAAGGAUGACGACGUAAAGAGAGGUGAUUUCUCAACGACGAUGAAAACAAGAUUUCUAGCAGCGACAAUUACCCUGGCGUGCGUGCUGGCGCCAUGCGGCCGCUGCCAGGAGGGCGUCCGCGACGACAGCCACGUGGAGAACGUGGUGCACAAGGCCGUCGCCGACGAGUUCAGCAGCGAGAUCCUCACCAACCGCACCAGAGCGUACCUGUCAUGCGCCUCCGGCGAGAUGGUGGUCAAAAUCAACUUCAGCGAGCCCUUCCGAGGCAUCACGUACGUGGACUACGACAAGACCAGUCCCUGCAAGUUCUACGGCGACGGGAGGAAGUACUACGAGCUCAGGAUACCGCUCAAGGGGUGCGGCACAAAGCAGGAGGCCCCGAGAGUUUUCAUCAAUAAUAUCAUCGUACGCUUCCAUCGGUCUCUGGAGCUCGAAGAAGACGAAAUCAAGACGAUCAUCUGCCGCUAUCCGCCUCCCUUGGCGCCACCGCCACACAACGUGAUUGCACCUAUUAUCGAAGCACCACCAAUUUUGCCGGCUACCAAGCAUCCGAAACUGUCCGAGGUGGAACUGCUGCUCAUCAUAUGCGCUCUGCUGUUCCUGACGCUUCUACUCCUGGGCAUAGGAAUCGCUUACUACUGCCUGAAGAAACGCAACAUCAAGGUGGUGAAGAAGAAGAAGGGAAUUUCUUCUGCACCAGCUUCGGAGAUUACCAAACUGAGCGGCUCAACCAUGGGGACGCUGUCCAUGUUCGAUCCUAUUCGCAUACCAAGGCCAAUGGCCGCCUCCACUUCUGGUUCAGAAGCUGCUCUGCUUACUCCUUUUUCAGCACAGCGGUCCGAGACGAUACCAUCAGAUUACCCGAGUGAGUCGCCGUCCUCAGCUUCGGACGCUGAAGAGGUCGUGGAGCAGCGGCACGUCGUUGUAUCGGCUGUCCCUGUGCAGAAACAGUACGAUAACGCUGCCUUUGCUGCCGAGCCAUACCCAGUGGAUGCCGAAAGGGCCGAGUCACUGUCUUCGGUACAGAUUGCGACCGUCUACAAGCCGUCUAUACCCAGGGCUAAAGCGAAGCCCUAUCCAGUGGAUCAGGAACGCGACGAAUCAGUGUCAUCUCUGCAGCAGGCGCAGUUGAUUCUUAAGCCAGCUUCGGCGAAGCAACAACAACUACAGGCAAUAACAGAAAGCGAGGACCAGCUUGACACAGAGACUGUAGAGAAGAGCUACGCCGCUGUGUCGCGCGUGGUCGCUGCACCGCCGACCGCUUACAAGGUUGAGCCGCCAGUGUACACCAAGGUUCGUAAGAAGGAAGAGCAUCGGCCGCCGUCGCUCUAUGGCAGCAUCCCUGAUAACGACGACUGGUCUCACUCGGAAGUGGAAUUUGCGGCUGACAUGAAGCCACUCAUUCGCAAGCCCAAACGCACCACACAGGUUCUCACCGACUAUCUUGUCACCAAACAGGACGACACAGAUCUUCGUGAAGAAGUGACGAAGCGCCUCCAGGACACGUUGCGUUCGCUUGCAGUUCCGUCUCAGGCUCCAGAUACUUCUGUGUCGGAGAUCACUGCCAUACCGGAAACGGCGCUGGCUCCGCGUAAGCCGAAAAUCACCGUAAAGAAUAUUGACGAGGUGUUUGUCACCACAGAACACGAGACGAUUGCUACUGAGCACGUCGUAAAGACGACAAAAGAUACCACAGAACAGCUUGUGAAAUCUCCGACGACUCCGCCCUCUUGGGAUGUGACUAUCAGGCACUACGCGCCGGAGGACGAGGCACCAUCCGGACCGAGAUCACCAACUCCGCCUUCUGGACAGCCUCUGUACACAGAUAGACGAACCUGGGAAGAAGAUACAACAGAAAUAACUCGAGCCACUGCCACAACCACUGCUGACCACCAUCUUCGAACAAGCUUUUCACCGGAGCCAAAACCACCUCGCAGCCCGCGCACCACAUCACCACCCCAGUGGGACGUACUGAACAGGGUGAUCACGCCUCCGCCUGUCCAAGGCGUGGAAGAACUUACACCUGACGUAAAGACCAAGUGGAGGACGCUGGUCACCGUCGACGACGUCUUCCGGACGCUCGUGCACGAGGCCACGACGACGGAGGAGUACGUCCGAAUCAGCCACGAUUUCCGGUACGAGGCCAUGUUCGAACGCCGCGUGUGGGACGUUAUUAUUCGCGUCCUCACGCACCCAGACCAUCCGCCCAUCCACGCCCCAGCUGAGGUGAAACCAGCGCGCUAUCGCAAGAACCAAGAGCAGAGACGAAAAUCGUCACUACCGCACGUGCUCUCGGGCGCUGGCAUUCCAGCUGAUCUGAGGUCCUUGCCAGAGUCGCAUAGGUCGACUUCAAUUGGCGACUUCGACAUGAGGUCGAUGACUGAGAUCGACGUAGACUUCUCGCGUCUCGAACGUGAGUCGAUCUCCAGUGAUGACACUGUGCGGACGGGUCUCAGCAUCACCGACCGCGCCACGUCCGAGUAUCUCGAGGACGUUCCCAGCGUGGAAGGCCGCGCUUCUAUCGAAGGAUACCUGCCUGUUGUCGAGAGGAUGAUUGCCGCCCCACCAGUCGACACAGAGGACGCUCGCAGUGACGCUACUUUCGACAGCGGGAGGUUGGGACCAGGUGGGGCCCAGGGUGCCAGUCGCACGUUCGUGGAGCGCUCUUCGCGGCAGUACUUGGAAGACCUGCCAGGUAGCCAGAGCAGGAUCACCUCGGACCACAUGAGAAUGCAGACGUUUAGGGUCGUCAGGACGGCGGGUCUGGAAAGGGCGCCCAGCAUGGACGGCAGGGAAGAGAUCAAGUCCAUCACCGAGCAACACAUAUACGACUGGCUGCGAUGAUCUCCUUGUGCACACCACUGCCACCCACUUCCUUUCUCAGGAGUGGUGCUGUGCCGCACUGGUGUCUGCUGCAUAACACGGACCGGGGAGAUCCAAACAGCACAGUCAAAUGCGAAUGAUGACGACAGAACUAAAAGUGGCGCGGCCAACUAACCGCUGGUUUUUCUUUCUUUUUUACCUUGGUGCUUUUCGCAACUGCUUGAUGAUGAUUCGACAGCGCAUCGACUAUUGUAAAAUACAAAGCAGUAUUGACUGGCAUAAUUUUUUUUCACGCUGCUGCUUGCACAUUAUCGUGUGUUUCCAAAUAAGCUCUAAUGCUUUCCAUCCUGAGCGAAAUGGGCAAGCUCCCUUGGUUGCUUUUCGCAAACUUCCCUCCUGUAAUUUGGCCUUUUGAUGGAGAUGCAAUGCCCGACUCAUAGGAGCUACACAGUUGUGCAGAGAGUGCAAAUUUUGUAGUCUACUUCAGAAUAUAAAAAUAAAGGCUAUUUAGAAUGCUUGCCAUAAUCACUCUGCUUCCUUUUCAGCAGUAUGUGUCAGUACAGCUUUGUGUUAAUGUAGAGAGCGAAACCACGAGCUGGAACAUGAAGUCGGAAGUAGCAUGGUGCUACUCUCCUAACAUUACAAUAUGGAAGGCUGUUCUUGAGUCCGAACAUAUAUGUGUAUAUUUUUUUAGAAUCUCGAGUCACUGCCUACGGUGUUAAAGGAAAGCCAGCCUUUGUGAGCGGCUUUACUGCCAUUUUGAGUCGUUAAGGCGGCCAGUUCAAAUCAACACACGAGGUAGUAAAAUAGUGCAUAUGCUGGUAGCUUUGUUUCGUGUUAAUCUCGUUUAUGGUGUGCUUUGACCCCUUGAAGAAUCCACGCCCUGCAUAGACUGCUUGUUUUUGUUUUAAAGAAAUCAGUGUUCGCUGACUUUGACAGAUUUACGAGGAUGCCCUACUGCCAUUUCUGUAUUUAUUAAUCGAGACGUGUUAAAGAUGAAAAUAAAGCGCAUUUUACACC